UAAGAAGCAGGCGUUCAAGGCGAGCCAUGGCGGCAAAAUGGAGGUCUGCGCGCCGAGGUCUCUGCAAGUUUGGCGAUCUUUGAUGGACUGGCUCUCUUUCAUUUCUCCUAUAAUUGUUCAGAUCGUGCAUGGUGCUCCUUGUUUGGCUUAGGUUUUGUCCUGCGUUGGUGUUAGAUUCCCUCUUCUUGCCUCAUCUGCGCCCUCUUUCAAGCCCUUGCCCGAUGCUGAGCUUCCUCUUCAUCAGUUUUCAGCAAAGAAAGUUAGCUCUCUCAGUGUUGUGGAUGAUCGUGGAAGUCAAGGUCUCCCUUGGGAAAAGAUUACGAAGUACGAUGAUGAGGCAAUCUUUGUCGUCGAAUUCUUAGAUGAUAGAGCGUCGGUAUCGGUGGUUCUUAAUUUGGAUGAAACCAGGGUUUGUGCAUAUGAAACAUCCAGUUUGCCAGCCGUUUCUGGCAUUCAAGCAACAGAAGCUGGAUUUAAUUGGUCCGAGCUGGAAUGUGUAUCCUCGGACAAGCUCUGUUGACGGAAUGUGAAGGAAAACCAAAGAUCAGUUAUGUGACCCUAUUCGAACGUCCUGGAUUGCACGAGUUCUUGAGCCAGGCUAUUGAUUUUCCGAACGUAUAUUACUAACUGCUGGUCUUGAAGGAUAUGCUAGACCGCUGGUGGCAGAAUUACCGGAUGGAAGAUUUAGCCUUCCGACUUAUCGGCCAUCAACAGUUAGCAUAACAGAAGUGACAGCGAUGACACAUUUUGAGUAGCAACAGAGAAGUUGCCAUUUGGCAUUGGAUAAGUUGAGACUUGAGACUGUAAGGAGGGAAGCGAUGGCGGUACAGCUCACCCAUCUUUACGGUACACCCAUAAGGCAACGACCAACGCCGCCGCUCACCGGGCGGAGGACUGCCAUAUCUCAGGUGAGAGCCGUCGCCGAAAAUGCUCAGGAGCUCCUGAAGUCUGGCGAGGUUCAGGCAAUUAGGCCAAAGGAAGCAGUGACGGCCAUAGAUUCGGAGGGGUUUAGACUUUUGGACAUAAGACCGGCAUGGGAGUGGGAGAAAGCUAGAGUGAGAGGGUCAGUGCAUGUGCCGCUGUUUGUGAAGGACGAGGAUAAUGGUCCUAUUGGUCUUUUGAAGAAAUGGGUGCAUUUUGGCUACAUUGGACUUUGGACUGGCCAAUACCUGACGACCUUGAAUCCUGAUUUUAUUCGUGAAGUGGAGGCGGCUGUUCCUGAUAAGAACGCCAAGCUCCUUGUGGCUUGUGGCGAAGGGCUAAGGUCUUUGGUCGCAGUGGUGAAGUUAUACAAAGAAGGAUACAAGAACUUGGGGUGGCUGGCUGGAGGCUUCAAUCGUGCCAAUGAGAGCGACUUCCCGGCCGUCGAAGGGCCGGAGAAACUACAAUACGCAACAAUCGGAGGAGUUUCUUACUACUUCCUCCAAUUGCUUAUCCUCUUGCAAGCGGUGGGUAAGAACAGCUGAGACCAUCCAUAUUCGCUUCUAAUUCCUUUUGGGUUUUUUCCCCUACUUUUUUUUUUGUAUAAUUUCUCAAUUACAUUGUUCUGAAUCGAAGCUAAAUAGCUUGAAGCAAGUUGAAGGAAUGCAUGUAGGGACUGUUGUUA